AUGCAACACCCAUUGGCCGGCAUACUGGCAGACUUAGACGACAAUGAACCAGGCUUGCCUCCCGGGACGCCGCCCACCCAAAGAUUUGAAGGGCCUUGGUUCACCACACAACUUCUGCUUUCGACUGGAAUUGGGCUCAUUUCGUUCCUCGUAUUCUCUUACUGUCGCACACGAUGGCCACUGCAGUUCGCGCCCCGAACAAAACUCAAAGGUAAGAAGGAAUUGCAAGAUCUUCGAUAUUUUAUCGAUUUGAUUCGAACAGGAUUCUCCCCCCAUGAGGCACACGCUCACCAAGCGUUCUUUGGAUGGAUAUUCCCAACAAUUCGAACGUCGGAGUUUUCUGUACUUCAAAUUGUAGGACUCGAUGCGGCAGUACUCCUGAACUUUUUCAAGAUGUCGUUCUGGCUGUUCUCCACUUGCUCUAUUUUUGCAGUGGCCAUGCUCAUGCCGCUGAAUCUCAAGAACAACAUCGACAUCGGUGACGGGAGUGGAGACAGUGAUCCGGACUGGCAAACACUUGUACCACCAGCUAAUUCAACUGGUCGAGAUUGGUUGGACCUUGUCAGCGACGCAAACUCCUAUCUGUCUGUCCAUCUGCUUUUCACAUAUCUGUUCACGCUCUUUGCGUUGUAUUUCAUUAACAAGAACUACAAGAAGUUCGUACGGUCUCGUCAGCUCUUCUCACUGGAACUCGUGCAUUCUAUUUCGGCACGAACUGUCAUGGUGACACAUCUUCCGAGCCAUUUGCGCGGGGAACGCGCACUGGCUGAGUAUUUUGAAAACUUAUCACUUUGCGUUGAGAGUGUCAGCAUUUGCAGGGAGGUGGGCUCUAUGAAGCAGCUAUUGGACAAACGGACGGCGGCCUUGCUGAAGUUGGAAUCCGCUUGGGUCAAGUAUAUUGGAAAUCCGAGCACUAUUGACGUACAGAGGCCGUCAGCUCGGGAUGAACACCGCCUCGUAGAUGUCGACGAUGCGGAUCUCGAAGCGUCUCCUCAACAGUUCAUCUUACCUGACAAGAAAAGGCCGACUAUGCGCCCCGGCUGGUUCAAGUCCAAAGUUGACACAUUGGAAUACCUUGAGAAGGAGUUCCGUGAAGCAGACGAACUAGUCAAGAAAAAGCGGGGGAACGGUCGAUUCAAAGCGACACACGUCGCUUUCGUAACCUUUGAAGAAAUGUCUAGUGCUCAAAUAGCUGCACAAGUCGCACAUGCUCCUAUCCCAAACCAGUGUAUCACACAUUUGGCCCCAGAGCCUCGCGACAUCGUCUGGUCGAACAUCACCCACUCGCCAGCGACGCUUCGGAUGCGAGAGUGGAUGGUUUUUGGCGCCAUGUGUUUGUUGCUUUUCUUCUGGCUCAUUCCGACCUCUGCUUUGGCGAGUCUGUUGAGUUACAAGGAGAUUAAGAAGACUAUGCCUUGGCUAGGUGAUCUGAUUGAUGCGAAUGAGCAAAUUCGUGCGAUCGUGCAGAAUUCGCUGCCUUCGGUUGCUAUCGUGACCCUGAAUGCAUUGCUCCCCUUCCUCUUAGAAGCACUCACUUAUGUACAAGGAUACCCUGCCCGGAGCUGGAUUGAAUAUUCUCUACUCAGAAAAUAUUUCCUGUUUCUGCUCGUCAACGUCGUCUUCAUCUUUCUAGUGGCUAGUACAUAUUGGCAACUCGUUCGCGACUUUGCCAAUUCGCCUGCAAAAGUGGUGGAGAAGCUAGCUGAUGCGCUCGCCGCUGGAAAGGCUAGACAUUUCUUCGUGUCAUACGUGAUAUUGCAAGGCCUUGGUAUCAUGCCUCUGCAGUUACUUAGUCUGGGGAUCCUCAUUCCUCGUUUUGUGUACCGCAUGUUCGUGACACGAACGCCCCGAGACUUCGCGGAGCUUAACGCACCGCCCAUGAUUAAUUAUGGCGUUGUGUACCCCCAGGCCAUUUUGAUUUUCGUCAUCACCCUCCUGUACAGUGUUAUUCAACCUCUCAUCCUGCUAUUUGGGGCCUUGUACUUUGGGGUCGCAUACGUUGUCUACAAAUACAAGCUGCUCUUCGUGUUUUACAAGCCGUACGAAUCCCAUGGACAAGCGUGGCCAAUCACAUUCGCCCGUCUUAUUUGGGGCGUUAUUAUAUUCAUUGUUUUCAUGAUGGGCAUUUUCAUAUUGAAGAGGUCUUACGUGCUAGCUACGCUCUUGGCUCCGCUUCUUGCCGGAACUCUGCUCUGGUCCUGGUACACUAACAAGACUUUCCAAUCUUUGAGCGAAUUUGUCAACCUGAGCUCGGUUUUCGAAGUUCAGAGAGGAGAAGAUACCGCAGAUGUUGUGCGGUUGAGGGCUGGUCACCCUGUUUCGUGGUCGCAAAGCAACUUGAAUCGCCGGCGAUACGCGCAGAACGACGAGACAUUAUAUGUUGCACCUGAAGACGAGCGCACAGACUAUUCGCAGCCCCCGAUGGCGAAUUGGUAUAGCGGCGUUCUGAACACUGGGAAGCGAAGAUACGGGCAUCCAGCCCUGAAUGGUGUCCUUCCGUCGCCUUGGCUUCCUCAGCGCAAGAGGCAAGACAGCACUGCCAACGGCGCCGAGACAAGCAGUAGUGCAAGUCCUCAGGAAGCUAAUCCGGCUGUCGUGGUGACACUGCGGAAGCGCCCUAGCGUGCAGGGAGAAGGCCGCAAACAGCCAAAUGCUAGCCCGGGCGGCAGCACAGAGCCUGCCGACGCGGCCGCUGCGGCUGAGGAGGCGAUCCUAAACCCGUGGCAAGACGUCCACCCGCGUCGUCCCACCGGGGCGCCCACGACGCCACUCCAUCACCGAUUGAGUUUCGACCACGGCUCGGGGGUGAUCGUCCUUCCGGAGGAAGACGAUUGGUUGGAGGGUGACAGCGACUCGGACGACAUCGUGAACGAGGACGCGGACGGGAUUGUGCCUGGGGGUGCGCUGGCCGGCUCGGUGGCGUCCGCGCAGGGCGUGGAGGAGAGCGUGGGGAGCACGAGCAGUGGAAGAGAGCGCGUGGCAGGGACGUCGCCAGGGAAGCGGUACAGCACGUAUUUCCACCACCCGGAGAGGCGGAAGGGAACGCAGUCGCGGUCGUGA